GCUUGUUGUUAGUGCGUCACAGGCAGCUGAGAGCGGUAUACCGGGAGCAGAGAGCGGUAUAGAGAGCGCGGUAUAAGCAGACACAGCAUGGUGAAGAUCGCAUUCAGCUCGCCGUUCGCGGCCAAGCAGCCCAGUAAGGACGCCGAGGCCCUGGUACUGGACAAGGAUCCUGAAGUUGCUGCUCAUGGAACUGAAAACUCAACUGGCAGAUGUCUUCUCACACUUCUGGGACUUGCCUUCAUUUUGGCUGGGCUCAUCGUUGGUGGAGCUUGUAUCUACAAGUACUUUAUGCCCAGGCACAAGUUUGAAGGAAAAAUGUCCUACAUGGAUCAUGGUGAGGAACCCUAUUACCUUCCUAUCUCCGAAGAAGCUGAUAUCCGAGAAGAUGAUAAUGUUGCAUUCAUCAGUGUUCCAGUGCCAAAUUUUGAGGAAGGAGAUUCAGCAGCAAUCGUUCACGAUUUUGACAGACUCCUGACUGCAUACUUGGACCUGGAGCUGCAGAAAUGCUAUGUGAUUGAUUUGAACACCUCUGUAGUUUUGCCUCCACGAAACCUAAUGGAUCUCUUCAUGAAACUAGCUAGUGGAGCCUACCUGCCGCAGACCUACCUGGUUCGUGAAGAGCUGGUAGUGACAGAGCGAAUUGAUGAUGUAGCUGAUUUGGGAAUCUUCAUUUAUCAGCACUGUAUUGGGAAAGAGACUUACAGGCUUCAAAGGAGAGAUCAAAUUAUUGGACUGCAGAAGCGAUCUGCUGAAAAUUGCAACACCUUUAAACACUUUGAGAAUAUCUUUGUGGUCGAAACCAAGAUCUGCAAGUAGCCCCAAGAGCAACAUGAUUUCACAGAAUCACCAAGAAGUCCCACUUUUCCUGACUUCUCGAGUAAAAUGUGCAGUGAUAAUCAAAGCAUUUUUAGUAAUGCAUUGCUGUGUGCUCCCGCUUUUAGCUUAUUUUUACGGCCCAGAAAUAUAACCAUACCGGGUAAGAUAACCUCAGGGACGUUAACUUUG